UGGGUGACAGAUCAAGACUCUGUCUCAAAAAAAAAAAAAGAAAAGAAAAGAAAGAGAAUUAGAACGGAGAGAGAGAUUUGGGAACUGACAAGUAUAGUUGGUUAAACCAUUAAAAUGGUAGCGAUCAACUAAAGAACAAGUAUGUGUAGACAGAGGCCCAAAGACUAAGCCAUGGGAUAGGCCUAUGUUUAAGGAUAAAAAAAGGAGGAAAAUCCAGCACGAGAGAUGGAGGAAGAGCAGUCAGUGAGCUAGAAGGAAAACCAAGAGUUCCGGAAGCCAAAUGGGGAACGUGAGCACACCAAAUUCUUCAGAGAAGUUGAGUAAGAUGAGGAUGAGGAACUCAUCACUGGCUUUGGCACAUAGAGGUCACUGGUCCACGGUUUCAUUGAAGUGUUGGGAUGACAGCCUGUUUGGAAUGGGCUCAAAAGAGAACAGGAAGAGGAGUGGAGACAAGGAGUCCAGACCACCCUUCAGAGGAGUUUAGCUGAAAAGGGGUACAAAGAAAUGGGACAGUAUCUGGACGCUGUAUGGUCAAGAGAGGGAGCCCUUGCAGCCAGCAAGUGCUCUGAAGUGCCCUGUGGUGGGACACUUAAGUUACUAUUAGCACAAUUAUUUUGCUGUUAUAAAUAGUGCUGCUGAAUGAAGGCCACAUCAGGAUCUUGUUUUUAAAAAGAAAUGUCCUUGUUCUGGGUAUGUGUUUUGUCAACACGACAUCCUGCUCAUCAUGAACUGGUUCCACAUUUCUAUUUUGUUCAAGUUGGAAGGCUUUGAUACUGUGCACUCAGGUUUUCUCUGGUCAACACUUCCAGAUCCUCUGCAUUUCAGAGCCCACAGAGAACCCCUGAGGCCACUGGGCUCAGUUCUGUCCAUGACCAACUUUCUGGGUCCUAGCCCCAUGUGUCCCUCCCCUGUAGUAUACUGUAGCCACACAAAAAGUUCAAGAAGGGCAGGGGCUGUGGGCCCAUCAACUCCUUUAUUCCCCAGAACACCUGCCCACCCCUCGGGUCCUGGGGAGAGGAAGGGACCCUGUGAGUACCUAAUGACUGCCCCAGGAAGCAAGGCCUUCCUGAGCCAGGGGGCUCUCUGGGACUAUUUCUUACACAGCAGGACAGCUGUGAGCCAACCAGGCCUGCCCUGAGGACUGGGCCAGAGCCCUUGAGGGGACCACAGGGAAAGGCCCAAAGGACCAAGUGCUCAGCAAAGACCAAGGCAGCCUGGACUGAGCUAGACACCCAGGCUCCAGGUUCCUUCCUCUGAAACAUCUGCAGGUUUUUGGGAGGCGAAGGGGUCUCAGCUGCCAUGGCUGACCUCUGUGGGACCUCUUCUUCAGCUCCAGAUCGUCUUCACAGGGUUCAUAUACACAGGCUCCCUACACGCACGCAUGCACGCGCAUACACACACACACACACACACCCCAGAGUAAAUUUACUGAUAUACACCAAUAUGAACACAGACACACAAUGACUUACCUAUACACACAUAUUAAUAGAUGCCCAGACUGCUCUGAACACACACCUUCAGACAUCCACACAGACUCACACUCACCCACAUACACACACUGACACAGCACAUUCACAUACAAAGAUACACACUGACAUGUACUACACAGAGACACGCUGAAACACAUCCAUAUACACACCACACACACUGAGAGGUACAGUGAUACACACAGUCACAGAUGCGCAUACGCUGAUGUAAUUGUACAACUGUGGUCACACUGACACAUACAUGCAAUCAUCUGCGCAGACUCAUACAAACGGACACAAAUACCUGAAAUACAGAGCCACAGACAGACACACAUGGAAGCACGGAAUGCACAGAACACUCACACAGUACAUACCAUGCCGCACACACCGGGACCCACACAGUCUAACAAGCCCCAAGGGUCUCCAGGGCUCCCCUGGGGCUACUGCCCACCCCUCCCACCAUCCCCACCAGGGUAAGAUGGUGUCCCCCAGGGAACAGAAGUCUCCAGUCCCAUCUUAAGCUCUGCUGGAUCCCUCGUGACAUCAACCAGCCCCCUCGCGGCUGCCGGGAGCUGUGAGCUCUGUGCUGGGGCCAGGCCGGCACCGGGCACAGACACUUAGGCCCUUGUUGGGAGAACAGAGAGAGGCUCUCUUGUCCACUGCCUGUCUUCGGUUCCAACUGCUGGUUCUCCUAGAGGCCUCUCCUCAGACUCGCAGGUAUGUGGGACCAGGGAGGCCAGGUCCUGGCAGAAGGGCCAUUGGGGUCAGCCCAAGAGAGGGUGUGGCAGUGUUGUGGGCUGUUUGCAGGAGCACACACGUCUGGCAUUGGCUAGGGGCAGGCUGCACUUCCUUAGCGGUUCUGCGGCUUGCUCUUAGGGCUUGGCAGGGCUGGGCCUCUCAGGGCAGCCCUGAGAGGGGCUGAUGGGGGAUCCUCUCAAUUCCCCUUCACUUUCUCUGUUCCCAAGAAGGCCAUGAGGUUGAUGCCUCCAGGACCUGCCUUGUAAAGAUAGGAAAUCUCUACUCAGAGAGGCUGAGCUGCAGCCCAGGCCCCACAGUGGGCCGAGACUAAGGUCUUGAGAUGCACAGCAGCUGGCCUCUCAGGUGAGCUCUCUGCUCUCAGCCUUUGCCAAGCAAGGAUGAGGCUGUGGGACCCCAAGCGAUCUGUGGCGGGGCCUGGGCACCCUGGCCUCCUCUCCCCUGCAGGGUGGAACAAGGAAGACACUAUUCCUGGCCACACAGAUCAGCUGGUCACACCUUCUGUUGUUUGACCCCAAAUAGAUACUGGCCAGUCUUGGGUGUCUCUGCGGCCCCAGCCCAGGGCUUCCACGGCAGUUGCCUUUCCUGAGGCAUUGGGCAGCAUUCCCUGUGGUGAGGAGAUCGUAGCACAGAGCCCAGCUGGGAAUGCGCACAGUAAUUCCGGGUUACCAUUGUUCCUCCGUGGGAGUCCGGAGGGCCCAGCCUGUGCCUUCACAAGGCUGUGUGGACUUAGGAAGGUCCUUUCUUAGGCCCCAGGCCUUCCACCUGUGAAAUGGGGGAAGGCUUCAGACUUUAUGCCCUGAAAAGGUCCUUCCAGCCCUGGCCAUCUGGGACUUCUGGGGCUACCCUGGCUCACAGGGUUCUUGCUGCCCUGGGUAUCCCCAAUUCUUGAAAAGAAUCAGCCUGGGAGGGGCCACACUCUGACUAUCCCCCUUUAUCCCUUCUGAGAUGUUUGUUAGAAAGUCUGGGUCCGGGGAAUAUCAUUGUUUGUUCCAUCCAUGCAGGGGUUGCUUGCCUCUGGGGUAGGAAACCCUCAGGCGGAGGCAGGUGCACAGGUAGGGGAGGAUGGAGAGGGCAGUGGUGCCUGAAGCCCUGGAUGGGUGGAGCUGGCCCCACAACACCAGUUCUCUCAUGCCUGCUCUUCCCUGUCCCCCCAGAGCUGCCUGAUCAUUGCUACAGAAUGAACUCUAACCCAGCUGGGACCACCAGUCCACAGCCCUCCAAGGCCAAUGGGAACAUCAACCUGGGGCCUUCAGCCAACCCAAAUGCCCGGCCCACGGACUUCGACUUCCUCAAAGUCAUCGGCAAAGGGAACUAUGGGAAGGUCCUGCUGGCCAAGCGCAAGUCUGAUGGGACGUUCUAUGCAGUGAAGGUGCUGCAGAAAAAGUCCAUCUUAAAGAAGAAAGAGCAGAGUCACAUCAUGGCAGAGCGCAGUGUACUUCUGAAGAAUGUGCGGCACCCCUUCCUCGUGGGCCUGCGCUACUCCUUCCAGACACCUGAGAAGCUCUACUUCGUGCUCGACUAUGUCAACGGGGGAGAGGUGGGUGGGCCCACAGGGAGGCUUCCCUGGGCGGGCUGUCGGCUGGGAGCUGUCUAUCCCGCAUGCCCACUGCAUGCCAAGUUCUGGAAUGAUCUCACCUCAUCUUACAAUAGACCCAUUUUCUGUCUGUCCACUUGCAGCGUAGCGCCGGUUCCUGCGGAGCCGGGGCCAGGGUUCUACGCUGCCGCAGGUGGGCCAGGCGGCCAUUGGCGUUAUCUGGCACUUCCUCAACUCAUUUACAGAUGUCCUGGACUGGCAAUGUUGGUGGUGUGUGUGGUGUUGCCACCGUUGGUGUGUGUGCGCGUGUGUGCACGUGUGCAUGUGGACAUGGUUGCACAGGCCUGGCCAUACCCUUGGCCACCCUCAUACCACCCUCCGGCCCAUGCCCUCCCUCAUUCUCAGGGACACGUGGUGCUGACGGAUUUUGGCCUCUGCAAGGAAGGUGUAGAGCCUGAAGAGACCACAUCCACGUUCUGUGGUACCCCUGAGUACUUGGCACCUGAAGUGCUUCGGAAAGAGCCUUAUGAUCGGGCGGUAGACUGGUGGUGCUUGGGGGCAGUCCUCUACGAGAUGCUGCACGGCCUGCCGCCCUUCUACAGCCAAGACGUGUCCCAGAUGUAUGAGAACAUUCUGCACCAGCCGCUACAGAUCCCUGGGGGCCGGACGGUGGCCGCCUGUGACCUCCUGCAAAGCCUUCUCCACAAGGACCAGAGGCAGCGGCUGGGCUCCAAAGCAGACUUUCUGGAGAUUAAGAACCAUGUAUUCUUCAGCCCUAUAAACUGGGAUGACCUGUACCACAAGAGGCUAACUCCACCCUUCAACCCAAAUGUGGCAGGACCUGCUGACUUGAAGCAUUUUGACCCAGAGUUCACCCAGGAAGCUGUGUCCAAGUCCAUUGGCUGUACCCCUGACACUGUGGCCAGCAGCUCUGGGGCCUCCAGUGCAUUUCUGGGAUUUUCUUACGCGCCAGAGGAUGAUGACAUCCUGGAUUGCUAGAAGAGAAGCACCUGUGAAACUACUGAGGCCGGCUGGUAUUAGUAAGGAAUUACCUUCAGCUGCUAGGAAGAGCGACUCAAAGUAACAGUGGCUUAAAUGAGAAGCAGGUUAAUUUUUUCCACCACAUAAAAGAAAAAUAAUGUUACGGAGUCCAGGGCUGGCAGGACAGGUCAUCAGCUACUCAGAGGCUGUAUUUCUGCCCUGCCAACCUUGACAAAUGGCUUCCAAUGUUAGGUUUGCUACAAGAUGGUUACUGGAGCUCUAGCUGCCAAUUUUGUGUUUGGGGAAAGGAAAACAGAGGAAAGGGGGAGAAGAGCAAAGGGUGCUUUUAAAGAGCUUUCCCUCUGCUUCCAUCUCACUAACCACCCACCCCUACCUGGAAUGGAGGCUGGGAGAUGUGGCUUAUUUGCUGGGUACGUGACUAUCCCUUAUAACAAAGGGGUUCUGACACUAAGGGAGAAGGGGAGAAUGUUGGGUAGGCAGCCAGCACGCUUUACCAGAGGGCCUCCUGGUGUUUGGAUUUUGAUCUCAAUGUGUAAAAUGACAGAGAUGUAACAAGCUUAUCGGGUAUCAAUAUCUCUAAUUGUUCUAUGUUGAUGAUAUCUGUCUUUGUUGCGGGUAAUAUUGGACAUUUGUUAUUG